AUAUAGGUGCAGUGACAGAGUAAAAAUUGGUGCUUCACUUCUCCAAGAUUCUCUGUCAGGAAAACGCAGCGUAGGCCAUAGUUUCCCCGAUCACAAGUUCGCAUUCCGUUCUCCAGUAUUCCUUCGAUUUCAUUAACCUAAAAGCCAUACAAUGUACCUGAAAGACGGUUAUUCCCUUUUACUAAAACAUCGCAAACCGUCAAUCCCCUUCGUGCUCCCCACGCGCCACCUCGAACCACCACCCUCCUCCCCCAUACCCGAGCCCCACGUCGCCCAAGCGCUUAGCCGCGAGCAUGACGUCACGCGCGCGCUCGAAUACUUCCAACACGUGGCCACUUCCACGGUCUUCAAGCACACACCUUUAACCUACCACAUCAUGAUCGAGAAACUUGGAAGAAGCAACGUUGAAAUCGACAGCAUCCACUAUCUUCUUCAGCAGAUGAAAAUCGAAGGCGUUCCGUGUUCUGAGGACUUGUUCAUAUGCGUUUUGAACUCUUACAAGAGAGCUGGGUUGGGCGAGCGGGCUCUGAAGUUGUUUUACAGGAUCAAGGAGUUUGGGUGUAAGCCCACUGUGAAAAUUUACAAUCACUUGCUCGAUGCGCUUGUUGGUGAAGCUGAAAACAGGUUUCACGCCAUUGGGGCUGUUUAUGAGAACAUGAAAGGUGAAGGGUUGGAGCCUAAUGUGUUUACUUACAAUAUUCUUUUAAAGGCACUGUGUAAAAAUGGGAAGGUGGAUGGUGCCUGCAAGCUGCUUGUGGAAAUGUCCAAGAGAGGGUGUGUCCCGGAUAAGGUCAGUUACACGACGGUUGUGGCGGGGAUGUGUAGGGAUGGUCGGGUGGAUGAGGCGAGGGAGGCGGCGAAGAGAUUUGGGGUGGAGAGUGUGGUGUCUGUUUGCAAUGCUUUGGUUUGUGGAUUGUGCAAGGAGGGGAGAAUUGGGGAGGUGUUUGGUUUGGUGAAUGAGAUGGUGGUGAAAGGGGUUGAUCCUGAUGUUGUGAGUUACUCUAGUGUCAUUAGUUGCCUUUCGGAUAUUGGGGAGGUUGAGUUGUCGCUCGCGAUUUUCGGGCAGAUGGUGAGGAGAGGUUGCAGGCCAAAUGUUCACACUUUUAGUUCUUUGAUGAAAGGUCAUUUCUUUGAAGGGAGAGUGGGGGAGGCGGUUGGGUUGUGGAGGUUUAUGGUGUUGGAGGGGGUUCGGCCGAAUGUUGUUGCAUACAACACGCUGUUGUAUGGCCUGUGCUGUAAUGGGAAUGUGGAUGAGGCUGUGAUGGUUUGUGAUCGGAUGGAGAAGGAUUGGUUUUGCAGGCCUAACGUGACCACGUAUAGUACAAUUGUUCAUGGGUUUGCGAAGGCUGGCGAUUUGCAGGGCGCUUCUGAAACGUGGAACAGGAUGAUAGAUUGUGGGGUUCGGCCUAAUGUGGUGGUGUACACCUCCAUGGUGGAUGUUCUUUGUAAGAAUUCUAUGUUUGACCAGGCUUAUCGGCUUAUUGAUAAUAUGGUUGCUGAUGGUUGUCCUCCUAGUGUUGUUACAUUCAACACGUUUAUCAAGGGCUUGUGUCGUGGAGGGAGAGUGCAAUGGGCUUUGCGUGUGGUUGAUCAGAUGCAGAGUUAUGGGUGUUUUCCUGAUAUAAGAUCCUAUAACGAAUUGUUGGAUGGGCUGUUUUGUGCAAAUGGUUUUAGAGAAGCUUGCGAGCUUAUUAGAGAAUUGGAAGAGAGGAAGGUGGAGCUAAAUUCUGUCACUUACAACACUGUUAUGUAUGGAUUUUCUAGUCAUGGAAUGCAGGAAUUGGUUUUGCAGGUUUUGGGGAGAAUGUUGGUAACUGGCGUGAAGCCAGAUGCAGUUACGGUUAAUAUAGUUAUUUAUGCAUACUCCAAACUGGGUAAGGUUAAAACUGCCAUGCAGCUUUUGGAUAAAAUAACAGCGGGAAAGGAAUUCUGUUCCGACAUAAUAGCACACACUAGCCUCUUGUGGGGCAUAUGCAAUUGGUUAGGCAUUGAAGAGGCAGUUGUUUAUCUAAAUAAAAUGUUAAAUAAUGGAAUAUUUCCCAAUAUUGUCACUUGGGAUGUGCUGGUACGAGGCUUCUUUAACAAAUUGGGUCAUAUGGGACCAAUCCGCAUCUUGGAUGAUAUCUUGGGCAAUGGACAAUAUAGUAUAUGAUUUUUCAGCUUCUUCUAAGGUAAAAUAUUGGCCUUCAGAUAUUUUCAACCAUAUGCAACAGAUGACCAUGUCUCUGUACGGUGUACACCUAGUUUAGAGCAGGAGCAAGUAGGUGGAAUGAAUGUGAUUGGAAAUAUCACUUGGUGAGAUAUCGUAUGUUUGGAUCCCAGAAACUGGUUCUGACUUUUGAGGGAUAGAGAUAACAAAAGACAGAAAGGAAUGAAAAACGAAUGUUUAGGCAGUAUCUAUUAAAUUAUAGGUAAAGAAUUGAAGAAGUUUAUCCUUAAAGGGGUUUCCUCUUUCAAAAGCAGAGUUGAAGCUUAGUUUCCCAAUUUAUAAUGAUCCCGAGAUUUCUCCCUCUUCUGCCUUCUCUUUAAACUAAUUCCGAUAGAUGGAGAAUCCAGUCUGGAUAGGCUAGUUCACUAGCCAAACUGGUGAACUGGUUAUCAGUCAAGCCAUCAUUGGAAACAAGUGGAGUGAAAACGGAUGCACUUGUUGCAUUCAACAAUUUGAAACUUGAUGACGAGCUUGUUAUCAUUGGGGGUAUGCUUAAUCAUCUUGGAACUACAUGUAUGAUUGAUUACCUUUGCAUUCUCCAAAGAGGUUUCUGAAUGUUGAAAUACAGUAUCUUUAAGGGGUGACAUAAAAACCGAUGGUGGGCGGCAUGCACCAACAUUUGCUGCAGCAAAAUGCCCCAGCGAGGUCCUUGGACACAUCUGCUACCAUAUACUGGCCGUGGUCUUAAUGGGUACAUGGCAACCGUAACUAACCUGAAGAAUCCUGUAAACAAGUGGCGAUGUGGGGCUGCUCCAAUCGCAGCUUGUCAUUGUUACCAUUAUUUUUCUUGUAUUAUUUAAUUUAUGGUUAUUCUACACUUUUCUUUUUAUUCUUCUUAAUAUCAUUUUGAUUCACUAGCAAAACACCUUUAACAUGACCUUGUCUUAUCAAAUUUCUCUCCUUAUAGACAUAUAGAUCAUGUAACCAGUAAUCUUAGAAAGAUCCUUUGCAUUUUCUAA